CGUCAUGGUGAGAUCUACGUGUCUGGGACAACAUUUUGUCCUCUGAGUCAUUCUCUCUUCUACGUUUCAACGGUGAAAGAAAGUGUAGGAAGGGUUUAUGAGCUUUUGGGGGAGAAGAGAGAAUGAGUUUUUGGGGUUUUACGACUAGUUUCCAAGAAGACAAAGAGAAGGAGGAGUGGCCAAAAUUUUGUGGGCCUAGAGUUUGAUGAGUCCUGCACAUGACUCAUCAUAUUUGCUGACAUAUCCUGCCUGCAUGCCAUGACAAAUAAAAAUUUCAGUACUUGUCGUUAAUUUUGCGGAUGGAAGUGGUGACGGUGUACACGUAAUACAACUUACAGGCUUUAGUUUCAACAAGAUUACGUUAAGUGGUUAACGUGCAACAAUUGCAAGAGUUAAGUGGCACUUGGUGCAAUUAACCCGAUAGAAUACUACCCCUCGGUAAAGCAUCCUACCCCAAGAAUAAUACCGACCGGUCUCAAAUUCCCCGGUAUUAGUGCAUGUUCAACGACAGGAACUUGACCCGCCAUCCCCAUUCCCCUCGUGAAACCCCUUUUUUCUUGUAGUGUACUCCUUGGAGGGAACAUCUGGAACAACUUUAUCACUAGCUAGAGCAUCUACAAUAAUGCAAUUUGAAAACAAAUUGCAUAUGUGGUUCUAAUUGCCACAUUGACAUUUUUUGCAAUAAAACACAUAUUAUAUUGUACUUCCAUCAAUUCAAUUCAUUUUCUAUUUCUGUUAGUUAUUAAACAAUAUGUUUAAAUUAUGACAAAUGUAAGGAGAAAAAAACUAACCAUCCCCCAUUUUUUAGGCCACUUUGACUUUCGUAUGCAAUUAAUUUUGUUGUAAGACUAAAAAUAUGCAAUGGUUAACACUAUGAUUGUCAUGACAAUGGCAUGCCGUGCCGACUGGUACAACCGAGUUCAAAUGGUACGAUGACUCACUUCUACUGUCACUCUAGGAAUUGGCCAAGUGUAACCACUUCCUAAAGCGUAGUAUAGCGGGUUUGGGUUUAAUUAUCAACCCGGGUCCUAGAUUUGAUGACUACUCAGUGAAUUCUUGUUAUCUAGCAAUGAAACUGGAAUGCAAGUCUAAACUAACAAACUAACAAAGCAAGUAAACUGUUGUAUUCAGGUUAAGAGAGGUCACCCGGAUAUGGUUCCCCCUAGACUGCAGUUAAGCCGCAUUGUAAUUACCAAGUUCAGUUUCUAUGAUAGUUAUACUGCGGAAGGUUCUUAAACAGCCUGAAGUCUCGACUAAAGGUCUUCAGACCCUCUCAAUCUGAAUCUCUAGCGGGCGACUAACCCCCACCGGAGUAAACAGAUUGAGGCCUUAACAAACAAAACCUCCACUACCGGAGUAAAUCCGGUACAGAAUAGUGAGUUGGCUCCUCGACUAAAGUCACCAACUCCCUACCUUCAAUCAAGAAUGCUCCAUCAACCUAGGCAGAUAUUCUCAUUCUAGGUUAAAGCAGAAACAACAGGAAUUUGAUCAGGAUUCAAGUCAUUCAAUCAUUCAAACCUCAAUCGAAUAUAAUCAAAUCAUAGAAUCAGUACUUGGGUUCAUACAAUCAAAGCCUAACAUACAAAUCUAGGGUUCUCCAUACCCAGAUGAAUGGGAGAACUACUCCAUGGAGAAAGAAGCAAAAGCAGAAUCAGACGCGGAAUUCAUACUGUGAAGGAUGGAUUCUUGCUCCUGGACGUUGAUCGGCACUUCUCCAAGCUCAAACUGGCCUCCAAUGGUGAUGAAGAUCAAGCUAGGGCACUUGGAGACUCUUGUUCGUCGCUUUCUCUCUCUAGGAAUCGCUCUGUCUCUCUAAAACUCGAAUCCCCUUCUGUUUGGCUGAAAAUCUGCUUAAAAGGGCAUCAGUGGCCAAAGCACGGUCGAGGGCACGGCCGUGUAAUGCCUCAGCCCGCCCGUGCUUUGGCUAGGGUUAAUUACACGGCCAGUGCAUUGGGAGAAACACGGACGUGUUUCAUGAUGGACACGGCCGUGCUUUGGUGACCACGGCCGUGCUUUCUCUAAGCCCUGCCCGUGUUUUUAGCCAAUGUUUGCCAAACUCGAAUUUUCUCUCGGUAGUAAAAACACGGCCACAGAACACGGUCGUGUUCUGUUUUAGGCGUGCCCGUGUUCUGGCUCCAGCUCAACGAAAUGACUUCCGAAUGCCCCGAAACUCGUGCUUAGCCUUUCCUUUGACGCUUGGGACCUGAAAUAUGACAAAAUAGCACAACCCGGCGUAAAAUAGGCCAAAAUACACGACUAUGCCUCUCAAACGGAUAAGAACUAGGGGCGCAAAUAUGUGCAAUUACAUCGUUAUCAAAUUCCCCCACACUUAACCGUUUGCUUGUCCCCAAGCAAACCAAGUCAGACACAAGGUAAGCUCAAAACAACAAGGCAUGACAUAUCGGCACAAAACACGUGGAUCAUACUGGCUUUCGAUCAGUAACACAUGGACAACUUCAAUGACAACCUAGACAACCACCACAGAUGACAUUCGAAUGCAGUAAAACCGAGCAAAGGAAGAGUCUCCCUUCUGUUCACCAACCAACAUAGACUUGACUCAACCACUUGUUCAAAACAGUCACAUCAUGCACAAAGUUCAAGAUAUCAGAAUUAAGACCGAGCAAUCUAGGUCCUCACCGGGAUAAAGAGUAUAGAGAAUAAGAGAAAAUGAAUCGCUCACUCUCGACCAGUGCGGUCAGGACAAUAUGAUGCGAAAAAUGCGCAUGCUUAAUCUCUCAAUCCCUAACAUCUCUUCACCAUGAAUGCAGCCUCUAUGUUCUAGAGUUCACAUAUGGGGUGUCAUCACCAACUAAUCCGGAGGUCUUAGACACAGGUUCAGAUGACUGGCUAGGGUCUUGGACAUGGGGAAAAGGCCUUUUAGGUGGUGGAAGUAUUCAUACAGCACAAGGUUCCACAUUUCCAAACCCAACAGACUCACAAUCAAUCAAACCAAAAACUUUCUUUCUGCUAUUAUGCAUUACUCAAGUUCAGAGCACAAGAGCGAAGGAGGCUACAUAAAUGCUAGUAUUUCUA